CUGUAGAACAGAAGGGGAGGGUCAUUAUCAGAUCAUUAGGAAGGCCGCACCAGCACCCUAUAAAAGCACCGAGAAUCGGAACAGGCUCAAUAUUUUAUUUUUACAUCCAGCAAAGAGGACGUAAAAUAUCUAGAUUUGUUUUUUUCUUAUCUCAGUGUAAAAUUUACUUAAUUAUAUUUUGGUGGUAACAGGUGGACGUUUUAAACUAGGGAAGAACAAUCUGAAUUUUUACGCACAACUUACAGACUCGGUAACCAUGGGUUCCGUGCUUCCUGCCGAGACGCUCGUGCUGAAAUCUGGAUUUAAACAGAGUUUAUCUCUGGCUGAAAUCAUCACUUCAGAUAUCCUCCACAGCUUCCUGUACGGCCGCUGGCGAAACGUGCUUGGGGAGCACCUGUUUGAGGACAAGACCAGCAUUAGUCCCAAAACCGCCUUUACCGCAGAGGUCCUCGCGCAGUCCUUCUCGGGCGAGGUGCAGAAGUUGUCCAGCCUGGUUCUCCCCAGCGAGGUGAUCAUCGCCCAGAGCUCCGUCCCCGGUGAGGGCCUGGGCAUCUUCUCUAAGACGUGGAUCAAGGCGGGAACAGAGAUGGGGCCCUUCACAGGUCGUGUCAUCUCCCCCGAGCACGUUGACCUCUUCAAGAACAACAACCUCAUGUGGGAGGUGUUCAACGAGGAUGGCUCGGUGCGCUACUUCAUCGACGCCAGCCAAGAGGACCAGCGAAGCUGGAUGACGUACAUCAAGUGCGCUCGCAACGAGCAGGAGCAGAACCUGGAGGUGAUGCAGCUGGGAGGCAGCAUCUUCUACAAGGCUGUGGAGACUAUCCCACCAGACCAGGAACUGCUGGUGUGGUAUGGGAACUCCCACAACACCUUCCUGGGGAUCCCUGGAGUCCCGGGCACUGAGGAGGACCAGAGCAAGAAAAUUAAGACAGAUGAAUUCCACCUCUGCGAUGGCUCCUCCUCCACCUCCUCUUCCUCCUCCUCCUCCUCCUCGUCCCUGGCGACGGCCAGCCGCAUGCGCUGUGUGAUCUGCCACCGCGGCUUCAACUCCCGCAGCAACCUGCGCUCGCACAUGCGCAUCCACACGCUGGACAAGCCCUUCGUCUGCCGCUUCUGCAACCGCCGCUUCAGCCAGUCGUCCACGCUGCGUAACCACGUGCGGCUGCACACCGGGGAGCGCCCGUACAAGUGUCACGUCUGCCAGAGUGCCUACUCCCAGCUGGCGGGGCUGAGGGCGCACCAGAAGAGCGCCCGGCAUCGACCCACGGGGGGGGCGGGGGUCGGGGUGGGAGUCGGGGGGGUCGGGGGGGCGCUGCAGGCUCGCUCCCCGCCCCCCCCUCCCCUCAGCCAGGUGCCCCACCCGCACCCUGCCUCGCUGGUGCAUCACAUCUCCACCAUGGUGCUUUAG